CUCCAGAGUACACGUGUAGUACCUACAGCGCACCACCGCAACCACCGGUCGAAACCGGCGAGUAUUUUGCAGGACUUGGUACCAGGUACUCACAGUGUAUAAUAACAGGGCUCACAGAGGGAGGAGGAAAACAGCAUUCAAUCACAAUGGCAACUACGAGUGCCGUGGAGAAGAACGGCAAACUAAACGAUGAUCAAAAAGACGACUUUCGCGACGGCAAGUUCUUCUGCAUCACCGAAGAUGUUUGGUCGGUGGAGUACGCGGAGCCCAAGCCCGAGCACUGGGAGGCUUUCUGGCGAAAGGGUAAGGGUGAUGUUGUUGUCCAGAAAGGUGACGUCUACGCCAUCACUCGGAAGGCGCUGCGUGCAGGGGAAAGACCUGCACCCGUCAAGAGCACAAGAUCCAACAGCGUGAGCGGCAACGCUGACAUUAAGAAAGGAAUUUGGCCUGUGGAUAUUUUUGGACAUGAAGCGAAUGAUUACCAGGAAAUAGCACACUUGCUUCCUGCUGGAUACAAGGUUCACGAAGAAUGGUUUGGAGUUGCUGCGGCGGUCACGGGGUUGCCAAAAACUGCCAGUGUCAUAAAACAGCUCAUGGCAACCCGUGGAGUGAGGAAGGAAUAUCCAAACGAUGACGACAAGAAGGGAGAAAUGGCAACAUCAGACGGAAAGUCUGCGGCUGCGCAGAAUGAAUUGCCCAAUCCAGGUGGAGGCACAACUACCCGCUCUCUCUCGCCCCGAAGGACAAGAAGCGAAGGGAAGAGAGGCGGAUCAAAAAAAGAGUCGAAUACUAAUUCUCCACCCCCCCAAAAAAGUAAACGAAUGAAGGGCAGCGAGUCUGAAGGUCCACCCGCAAAGAAAGGGAAGGCGACGAUGGAACACAAGAAAAGCAAUAUGAAGACAGGUGCUGGGACUGAACUCAACCAGGGAAGGGUUUCGUUUGAAAAUGGCUCUAUCGCUUCUCAUAGCACCAGAUCGAGUGCCGCAAGGAAGCAACGCGUCGAUAGCACAGGUGUUGUACACUUUGUGUUCAAUAAGAUCCGCCUGCGGCUACAACAAAGAGUAGUGGACGGCGUUAAGCCAAGCAUGCUCAUCGUCCCUUGCAUGUCUUUGCAGGAUGCCACCAACAAUUGGAAUGGCCAAGGGUAUAAGGCAGUGGUCCUGUGUGGCUUUCCUCAGGGACUCGUCAACGUUCCAGCAGCCUUUGCUGGAACUGUCCCAGCUGCGGCUCGUAAGAAGUUUGCUUGGCAAGCCAUGAAUGCAGCAGCUGAUUUCACCUCAGAAUUGCGAGAAAAGUACGAAAACAGCCCCAAAAUAAGCCAAGAAGACAAGGCAGAUUGGCUGGAGAAAGCACGCAUGGGUUUGGAGCAAGCUGUGUUGGGCCUUUCUGAGUUUGUCAAGGAGUUAAAAAACAUGGACUUGAAACCUCUCCAGCCUUCGAACCAAUAUCUGUUGAGCAAACGAAGCGAGGAAUUCCGUGCCAAAAACAGUGUGCCAGUUCCAAAGAGCCUUCCAGUUCCUGAGAAGGCUGUCUUGUUUGUGGACUUUGGGAACGUGGGUCAAAGCAACAUUCAUCCGCCUCCUGACCCAACACUGUUGCUUGCCAAGGCUGCUACUGUAUGGGGAAUGUUAAAUGACAUCACCAUUCUUGCCAAUGGGACGCCAGAGGAUGAGGAGGACAUUGACAUUUUGGACGAGGAGGCAGAAGAAGUCUACUACGACAGCUUCCGUGGCUCCACAUCAAUCCCCAACGAGAUCUCUGUGGUUACUCCAGUUCAAACUAGCACUACUAGAUAGAACUUGUACAUGUAGUAGUGGGGUAAACUUCGUCCAGUUGGUUCAAAAUGUUGAAAGCCGAAGAAUGGGAUACUAGCU